AUGCCAGCUUCUCAGCGGCCGUCAACAUUAGCCAAGGCGAACUCGUCGGCAUACAACAACGAUGAUGCGAGCACACCGACUCGGUGGAAAUCGCCAAUCGUCAUUGACGCUGACGCAAACACACUACCCGGAGGCACGCAGCGACAGGAUGUAAACGACAAGAAACUGAAGGAUCCGAAGCCUAUCAAGGAUGAUUUGAGCGACGUAUCCGCAGGCACAGCGCGAGAGGAAGUGGACACUAGAGAUGCAAUGAAGAAAGACAAAGACUUCAAGGAUGAUGAUACAAAGACGCUGGUCGCAGGCAAGGGGCGAAGGGAUCGUAACGGCAAGAUUAUGACAAAGAAAGAGUUGGCCGCAGAGGGUCUUAUUCGCGUCCUCGUAGCAUGUACUGUGAUGUAG